CCUUCUGUGUGAACCGCGAUCUAGCUCUCUUGCAAUGGCGACACGGGACAAUCCCGUGAGGAAGUUGGCAGAUUCACUUCAGGUGCUUGCUGAUACCGUAAACUCGGACAAUCCACACAUCAAGGUCAGCGACCUGGUUCAGUUUUGCCGUAUCAGUUAUACUGCCAUCUUUUACUUUGGCAUCACUGUUAAGUUUCCGGACCUGGACCCCCAAACCAAGGUGGAUCACUUUUUGGAAGCCUCAAAGAAAUACGACACAAUACAGGAUUUAGUGGAAAGUGAAAUUAAGAAUGGUACUGCGAGGGAUAAAGGUAGCCCAUGCAGAACCCUGGCGCGAUUUAGGCGUGUAAUUGACUUGGCGAGGGAAGUGCUUGAGAAAAUUCUUGCUAGCGGCAGAGUUGCUGCACAAUCGACCGAGGGGAACAGUCAACAAUAUUUGAGGCAAAAUUCAUUUGUUGAGACAUUUGCAGUAGCUUAUGAGCAAGUUUUUGUUCCAUAUCCUGGAUGGACUGCCGGUGAAUGUUUCAGUUUGUCGGUCGGUUUGUCCAAGAAUAUUGUGCUUGCUGCAUUGGAAGAACUUCCUCCUCCGGACCUCUUAUUGAAGAUUUUAAAUGAAGAUGAGGAUUCAUUGAAGGAGCCUAUUCACAAGUAUAUUAAUGCGGCAAAAGUUGUUCUGCAGUACAUUGACAGCGUCUUCCUAUCAACUGAAACAGGGGCUGAGAUGCUUAGGACGAUCUAGUUUAAAUUCCAUUUUGUCCAUUGCUUAUGAAGGAUGAUCAGUUUGUAACAUUGGCAUUGCAAACUAGUGUGAUUUCAUAAAGAAACCUGUAUGCUGCUCUACUGGUUUCAACUACGAAAACUAUGUCAGGAGUUUGUGCUACAUAAACAAUGUGUGUUUUGAUAAUGAUGUGAAAUUUGAUAACUA